UUCAUGAUUGAAGUAGAAACAGGAGAGGGAGGGGGAGAGAAUAGCUGAUGUACGGGACAAACUAUGUUCCUUUUCACCUCAAUACGAAGCGCGUAAUAUUUUUUAGGGGACUGUUGGAAACUCACUCAAGGCGCUUUAUAAAGCACCUUGAGGCGACUUUUGUUGUGAUUUGGUGCUAUAUAAAUAAAAUUGAAUUGAAUUGAAACUCUAAUAACUAACCUUAUGAACAAAAUAAAGUUCACUAUCAGUAACAUCAUAGCACCCACCCAGCUGUAUAGAAACUCCGUAAUGCUAGCUAGUACCCAGUAUGAAAAAGUGAUUAAGUUAGUACAAUGGCCAAAUGUUUGCGUCCUGUGAAUAAACUACUAUUCCUUUAACUUAACGAGUGAACUGUCUGCUUGUUCCUCUUUAAAAUAAACAUCUGUUUGGGUGGACACCACCAACAGAAGCAGCUUACGCAGUACAAUAGCCGAAUUAACAUUAACAUUAGUGUGAUUGCUCCUGAUGCUUGUGUUGGGUGUAAAAGUGAUAUUCAGCUGAGUGUCAUGGUCCUCCACGGCUUUCUAAGGUUUAGGCAGUAUUAAAAACAUUUGUACAUGUUUCAGCUUGUUCUCUCUGUGGAUAUUCUGCCAUUAAUUAUCCAUGAAGUCGUACUGUCUCCGUAAGAUUAAAGUCGAUCUUUGAACAUUGUGUAUCAUCAUCAUCAGUAAGUAAGUAAAAGCUUUAAAAGCAACUUGAACCUGAGCUGUACUAACAUCACAAAUUUCACGUAACUUUGCCCACAGCCAGCCAAAUUUAACGUUUUUACAAUCUUUUUCUUUUUUUCCCCUAGUUUGUUUAAUUUUGUCUAAUUUGUUUUCUUUUUUGCCUUCUGUUGUGUUUUGUGUGCUUUUGCUGCGUUUUUCUGUUUGCUGGUGUUUUCUUAAGUUGCAGUCUGUUUGACCCCUCGAGGCCACCAUAUGUUUCUGUCUCCCUGCAGCUGUGAUGGAAAAACAGUGUGUGACAUAAAGUCAAACAUUACUUAUGAUCCUGGAGUCUGCAGAUACCUGGAGACCACCUACGCCUGCUUCACACACCACAGUGUAACAUGUGAAGGAUCUCAGUCAAACCUUCAGUGUGGUGAAGGACAGGUUAUAGUCGUCUCCUGGGCUAAUUAUGGUCGCCGUGACACGACCACGUGCCCUGAUGGACGUCCUGAUUCUCAGCUCCAAAAUGUUAACUGCUCCUGGUCCACAAGCAUGGAAUAUUUUACUAAAAUGUGUAACUGGCAGAACAGCUGUACUGUUAAAGCACCAAGCUCAGUAGAUCCAUGUCGUGGCACCUACGAGUACCUGGAGGUGUUUUUCACUUGUCAGGAUGCUUCCUGCCCUCCUGGUUGGACUUGGUUUGGAGGUCGCUGUUUCAUCUUUAAAAGCAGCAUGAAGAACUGGCCUGAUGCUGAGAGAUCCUGUGAGACACUCGGUGGACAUCUGGCCUCAUUCCACAGCACAGCUGAGUACACCUUCAUCAGAGAGCUCACUCACACAGCAGCAGGGUUGUAUGAAACGGCUUGGGUUGGAGGCAACGACAGAGAAACUAAAUGUUGGUGGAUGUGGAGUGAUGGUUCCCAGUUUGACUUCCCAAACUGGGCCAAAGGAGAACCAAAUGAUGCUGGAGGAAGAGAAGAUUGUAUGAUGAUAAACUAUGGAGGACGGGAUUAUGUCAACGAUGCAGGGUGUAACGCCAACAAACCUUUUGUUUGUGUCAGAGAUCCAUAACUGCUUCUUCAUGUGCUGACAGAUUUGAAUUGAUGAUGUCACUUCCAUCACUGCUGGUGGAUGUAUUGACAAAUAUGGUUUCAUAUAACAUGUCAAGGAGAUUGACAUCCCUCAGCUUAUCUCCAUCCAAGAGUGAAAUAAAGGACAACUAUCAAGCCUUUUCAUGGUUAAAGUAACACAGAGUGCUAUAGCAGUAUAUCUAUAUGUGAUUCUGCUAAUAGUUCAUUAUGUAUAAAUUUCUAAUCAAAUAUGAGUAUAAUCAAUAUAAUAUGUGAGAAAUGAAACUUCUGUAAUGCUUGAACUUUGCCCUGGUUUUUAUUUGUGCUGCAGGGGCUGAUCUAGAGAAAUUUACUUAAGAAGGCAAAAUCAAAGGCAUUUCUUUUCACAUAUCCACCUACAUUCUGUAAUAUCUAUUAAAUAUGUUUAAAAUACAUAAAAUGGAGUAAGUAUGAAU